AACGACUAAAUUCAUCUUUUUGAGUCAAUAAUGUGUCGUGCUGGGUUACCAAAGUUGUUAAUGAAAAUCUUUCCCUUUCACAGCAGGCCACUGAAGCAGUGAGGUCACCGCAAGACAAUGUGGCCGGCCCAGAUUUGGACUUAGCACACCCACCAUCACCCUAACCAACAACCAGCACACGCAAACUCGUUCCAGGAACCACUUCACCAUGUGUGCAGGUAACCAUGGCUACGUUCUGCCCAAGGCAGCACUCUCAACAGCUUGCUGGCUCCCACAAUCAGACCAGCUGACAGGCAGGAGUAGGAACAGAACUAUUGAACAGUGACAGGAGGGGUCUUUGACAGCAGUGGACAAGAUUUCUUGUUCAAGACGCUUUGGACCUUCUUCGCCGUUUGACAAUUAACAACACAUUGUUGAAGAUUAUGAGCAGAACAACCACUGGAAAACCGAAGGGUAUCUGUGGGUCAAUAUGGAUAUGAGCCUGCUAUGGGCGGGUGAGAAUCUCUACCGCUCCCAUGGUGAGGGUGGUGAUGACCGGGGUGGUGAGUCAGGAGGGCUGGGUGUCAACAAGACGUUUAGACACUCUCUGAGCCCACACAGAGACUCUAGCCCACUGUCCCUCGCAGACUUAGAUAUGUGGGACAGCAGGUCACACUUUAAAUCUCAGUCCACAGCAUGGAGUGCAGCAAGUUUUACAGGAGGAUUCUCGUCAAAAAUUAGCACCAGCACCAUUGGGAGUGGCAUAGAUAGUGUUUUCGGCAGGCAGAGUGACCCAGGCCUCUGUAAAAGGAGGCGGCAGUCUGGGCUCCAUACACCCGCAGGCGAUGCUUUCUGGUCCAUGUCACCUGUUUCCCCGGGGCCUGAGCUCCGGGCGGCCCUGGAGGAGAGUAGCUUCAGACGGGCAGAGCUGGUGCAGAGGCUGCGGGAGGCCCAUGGACGCCUGGAUAGCCAGACAGACCUGAUGAAAAUCCGAGAGCCCACGUUACAGCCGGGUAGAAGUACAGCACAGAUACUGGAGCUCAAACACAAGCAGCUGGCCGACGCCGUGAGCGUUCUUGAGCAGGAGAAGGAGUUGGCUGAGCUGGAUCGAUUCGAGGACACCCGGCGACGAGGAGAACUGCAAGACAAGGUCCUUCAGCUGGAGAUGGACAUGUUAAAGAUGAGAUCGUCUCGGGAGAGAGAGAGCGUUAUGAAACCUACCACGUCGAGAACCGACAACAACAACCCGUUAAGCAGGAUGUUACCUGAAGAAGACUUUUACAGAGAGGGUAAGCAGAAGGCUGAGAGGGAGCUGAGCAGAAUGAGAGAAGCCCUCAAAGAGGCUGAGGAGAAAGCUGAAGGCCUGGAGACAGAGAGAGACAGGACUCUCCAGCAACUACGCUCAUCUAAAGAGGUACAGCGGACAGUGUUGAGCCAGACAGAGGAGGUUAACCAGAAACUGGAUAACUCCACGCUGGCCAAAAAGGAACUUCAGGACCAGCUCAGUGAAGCUCGCAUUAAGCUGGACCAGGCUGCUCUGGAGAUGGACCUCCUGACCACCAAGGUGAGGAAGCUGGAGAACAGUGUGGAGGACCUGAAGGCCAAGUUGACUGGAGCCAUAUCAGACAAGGAUCAUCUGCUGCAGGAGAAGAUAGACCUAGACCAGCACACCCAGGGCCUGGAGCUGCAGUUGGAGAGGGCCCAGAGGGCCAGGGAGGGCUACACCAACCAGGUGUGGGAGCUCAGCAGCCAGCUGGCUGAGGCCAGGGACCAAGCCAAGCAACAGGGCCAGGAGGCCGUGAGGAUGAAGGAGGAACUCGUCGCUGUGAAAGAGAUUAAUGAGAAGAUGACCUCAGAGCUGGAGAUGACCAAAAACAGUCUGGAAUCUUCAUCGGCUCGGCUACAUGAGCUGGAUACGGAGAGAGUCAUCCACACAAAUCAGAUCACAGCUCUGGAGACCGAGCGCUUGCAGUUGAUUGGACAGAAUGAGGAGCUGCUCCGUGCUAUUGGACAGAAUGGAGGAGAGAAGGCGAAGGUGGCAGAGUUGAGGGAGAGGUGCGGUCAGCUCAGUGAAUCCAAGGACGCCCUGGAGUCAGAGAACCAGAGGCUACAUGAAUGCUGCCUAACCUUGGAGGCGGAGCUCCUGGAAAAAGAGGAGGAGCUGCAUCAGAAAGAGGAGGAGCAUCGUCAGCUUGAGGCCGAGUCAGCUCAGAGCAUUGAGCAGCUGAGGGCUGUGGCCUCUCAUUGGAGCGAGAAGUGGCAAGAUGUUGCCAUGGCCCUACAAACCACCCAGGCAGAACUCAAAGAGCUCAGAGAGACUAUCCCCCUAGAUACACUUCAGGAGGACGCGGCGCGGCUGAUGAUUGAGGUUCAGAGACUUCAGACGGAGGGGCAGAAAGACAAGGAAGAGAUCCAGACACUUCGGCAGCACAAAGCCAACACAGAGACUGAGCCAAACAGAGUCCAGAAAGAUGCUGGUUCUAUGUUGAAGGUGGAGCUGGAUGCUUGUAAACAACGGUUGGAGCUGGAGAGGUGCAGGAGUCAGACUCUGCACAACAAACUCAAAGGUGGGCAAGCUGUGCAAAUGUUCGAUAAAGGUACAGAGACACACUGUAUCCUAUCUAGCCAUGAGCAGACUGCCCAGGUCUCUGUGGCGGAGGUGGCUCAGGUGAGGACGGAGUUACAGGAGGUGUGCAACAUGCUGAGGCUCCGAGAUACUGAACUAGAGGAGCAUCAGCGGGAGUUGGAGUCGGCUAGGGGACAGGUGUCUCAGCAGAACAGUGAACUUCAGAGGCUGGAACUGGAAUUGACGAAGAGAGAGCGGGACCUCAGGGAGAAAGAGUAUGCUCUGAGUCGUCUGGAGAGACAAAGAGAGGCGGAACGGACUGAGGCACAAAUCAAGGUUUCAACACUGGAGUUGAAGCUGAUCAAGCAAAAGGAGCAGGCCGGAGAAGGUUCAUGCCAAGACGUCCCUCACACCAACUCACUGAGCACCAAGUUGGAAGACAGCAGAAGAGUCAGCCAGUUGCAGGUAGAAAGAGGAGAGGCAGUAGAGAAGCCACAGGCUCUCCAUCAGCUACGCCAGGGUAGAGAAGAGAAAGCAGCAGUUGGUAGCAAGAAAGAGAAAAUGGUCUCCAUGGAAACCAUAGUAGACCAGGAUGAACAGAGAAGACGGGUGACAGAGCAGCUGAAGAGCUUGUUUAAAGAGCGUGAACAGCAGGCUCAGGUCUAUGACGUAUCCACCCAAAAAGCGGGACCUGCGAACUUGGAAGGAGGUGAAGGUCGCUCACUUCAAGACAGGGCACCUAAGUCAAAAGUCAAGAACUCCCUGGACACACUCCUUAGUCAGAGGAGGCGAGAGAAGGAGCUGAGGGAGAAGGAGUGGCAGCGGGGAUCUGGACUGAGGCCUGUUUCUGAGGAACAAGAGGAGGAGGAGGUGCACCCAGAGCAACCAGAGAGGGAGCUGGAAGACAAGAAGCAGGUGACCAGACUAGAGGGGGAGCUCCACAGCAAGACCCACACAAUAUCAGCCAUCAGUCUGGGAACCAGCAAUCUGAAAGAGAGACAUGAGAACAUCCAUAAAGCCAAGCUAAGGUUCCAGCCACAGAUCCAGGCAUUGUGCAUCCCAGCGUCUAGCCACACAAAGAGGACCACGUCAGAUGACAGGCUGCCCCUACAACUGGACCGAACCACAGAGAGAGACAUACCACAGGUCUCAUCGUCACCCCCCUCCCACUGGGAAGAUGGAAUAUUCCUGGCUAAGCAGGUGCAGAUUGCCAGUCCUGAAUAUGAAGGGGAUGAGGAAGAGGGGGAAGAUGGAAGAUGUGGCUAAUUCACUCCCGAAGGCUCCUUGGCCAAAACCACAUUUAUUUCAGAUGUGUAGGGUCUGAUCGCUAUAAGCAGUCCAUCUGAAGGGUCUUCAACAUGUUGCUUCCACCUUCCACCUUACACCUGCAGUCCCUAGAGCUGCUGGACUCUAAAUUCCUGUUUUCCUCACUGCAGUCAGACAACAUUCAUAAUCUAAAGUUAAUAACAGUCCUCAACAGCAGUGAUUUAAUUUAAUAAAAUGGGAUGAUAUUUGGAUGAAACAAGAUUACAAUAGGAUGACCGAACUAUGACUGUUUCUAAAUGUUUGUCCAAGUUAGCUCAUGAUUAAUUCAGCUGAUUAGCUCCCCACUCACUCGUUUGUCUUUUCAGAUCUCCCAUAGUAUUUUUCUGAAAUAAAGGUUUGGGACCUUUAAGGAUUAUUAGCUGGUGUUAAUGUGAAAUUAACAAUCAAUCAUUAUGUUGUGCUUUUCCAGAUCAUGUUUUAGGAUUGUGUUGUAUUUUUUUAUUAAAACAGCUUAUCAAUGAUACUUCUCUAUGUGAUCCUACACAAGCUUGACAGCAAAUCAUUCAGAUGCCCAAGAAAAGGGCUGUGAAUUGGAAGCAAUGAGAAUGAUGAAUAACUAUGCCAUGAAAUCCAUAUAUCAGAAUAGAUGUUUUUUUUUCCCAUUUUGAUGCUCUCACUAUCAUUGAUAAAAAUCUCUAUUUUAUUGUUUUCAUUUACAUAAAUUGCCAAAAAUCUGUCACCCAGACUUUGAAGGAGACGUUCACCCAUUUUCCUUUUCUGUGCUGUCACUUAAUCCCCCAAGCCACUUGUGUUAUUAGUUAUUUUUAUUUUCUUUACAGACUCAACACUUAUAGUUGACUAAAAUAUAUUAAAAAAGCAGAAGCAUGUUGUGUUAUGCUGUCCCAACAAAAUAAAUAAAUAAAUGCAUAUUACAUCAGAUUCUUAUUCUGGAUUAAGUCUCUGCCCUCAAUGUUUUUUUAGAGUUUCAUAGAUCAUUAUUUGCAUAUGUUUGUUGUUGUAAACAUGGAUUUAAGGCACAGUUGUUUUUUUAUAUUUUUUGAUUUGAUUGCAAAGACAUAAUCCAGAGCUGAUCUUAUAAUAUAAUAUGAAAGUUUUAUAACACGAUUAGACCCAUUUCAUAAUGCAUUGUAGUUGGCCCCUGAGUUGACCUCUACUUAAACAAAAAACAUUAUAUUUUCACAUGAUCCUCCCCUUGUUCUAGGAAAAGUUGUGCACACCAUGCCUCUUCAUAAAUUGAACAUACAAAUAAGUAUUACCUAGACACAAUACCAAAUUAAACUGGCAAAAACAAGUUUUUAAAAUUUCUGAGAAUUUAUUCAAAAUAAAAAGUUGUGUGGAAGCACCUUUGUCAGGGGUACAUUGCUUUGAAUCUUCUUGGUAAGCCUUUUUAUUUUAGAACAAUGGUAUUCUAACCUUUUCCACUUUUGUGAAGCAUCCCGGCUAUUAUUGCAGGACGCAAAGUGUCUCCCAGUUCAGAUGUGGAAGACUGUAACUCCUGGUGGCCUUUUCAUAAAUAAACAUCUGA